AUGAAAGUGUACAUUGGGCUGUGGCUGAGCAUGUGUGUGUAUUUAAGUGGAGCUCUGGUGGAGAAGGAUUUGGACCCAAUCCCAGAGGACCAUGAUGUUCUAAUGCUGACAAAAAGCAAUUUCAAACAAGCCCUUCAACUACACGAACAGCUAUUGGUUCACUUCUUUGCACCUCUCUCAAGCCAGUCUCUUGGCUCUAUUCUGGAUUUUAGAGAGGCCGCCAGUGCACUGAAGGAAGCAGGGUCUCUUGUGAGGCUGGGAAAAUUGGAUGUGAAAAAAGAAAAAGAACUUGCUGCAACACUAAAUGUUUCAACAGUACCAUCACUACGACUGUAUCUGUCUGGAGACAAGAACAAGGCAGUGUAUUGUCCUGUUCUGAAGAGCUCCAACUCCAUCCUGACAUGGCUUAAAAGAAGAGAAGGACCGAGUGCUGACAUUAUCGGUACUAUCACCAAGUUGGAAAAGUUCAUAGUUGAAGAUGAGCUCGUGGUCCUUGGAUUAUUUAAGGAUCUUGAGGAAGGCAUGGUGAAAGUGUUUUAUGAAGUAGCUGCUGACAUUGUUGACCUGCCAUUUGGAGUAACAGAAAGUAAUGAGGUCUUCAGCAAGUAUGAGAUCAGCAGAGACACUGUUCUCCUCAUUAGAAAGUCUAAACCUGACAAGCAUUUUGAGAUGGGAAGUGGCACAGUGAAGGAAGAUCUCGUUCAGUUUAUCACACAGCAUGAGAUGGAACUUGUGACAGAGUACAAUGGCAUGACAGCAUCUAAGAUCCUGAACUCUGUGGUGUUGAACCAUUUGCUUCUGUUUAUUAAUAAGGUAAAGGAAGGAUUCAAAGAGAUAUAUGAGGCUUUCGAGGCCACUGCUGAAAAACUCACAGGGAAGGUUCUAUUUGUGAUGGUUGAUGUAAGUGAGCCACGAAAUGGGCGCAUUAUGGAGUAUUUCCGUGUGAGGACAGAGGAGGCACCUGUGGUCCGUAUGGUUAAUUUAUCAAACAAUGUUCAAUACCAGCUACCAUCCGAUCAGUUUGACACACACACUUUGUUAGAGUUCUGUCUGAGCUACCUGGAAGGGAAAGCUAAGCCGAAGCUGCAGAGUGAGCCAAUUCCUGAAAACUGGGAUAAACAGCCAGUGAAGGAGCUGGUUGGGAUGAACUUUGAACAAGUGGCCUUCAAUCAUAACAAAAAUGUCAUUAUACUGUUCUAUGCGCCUUGGAGCAGCGAGAGCCGUGCUUUGUUUCCAUUGUGGGAGGAGCUCUCAAAACACUUUAGUGAAAAUGAAGAUAUUGUAGUUGCCAAGAUUGAUGUCACUGCCAAUGAUGUAAACAUUCAUCUUGGAGAAAGAUAUCAAUCAAUCAAAUUAUUUCCUGCAGUUUAUGCAGAAAGGGUGGUGCCAUAUUCUGAUAAAAAGAAGUUGAAGCCUAUAAUUCAAUUUAUGAAAAAGGAGAUUGAACAAGCCAAAAAGGACAGAGCCAAGGAAGAGGAAACAAGGAAGCAAUAUCUUAAUAAACAGAAGUCUGCAGUAAAAGAGGAUCUCUAA